AUGGAAAAAAUUGCCAGUUUGUUAAAAUGGGCCAGUGACAAUGGUGCCACUAUCUCAAGCAAUCUAGAAUUCAAGGAAAUCAAACCCAAUUAUUUUGGGGCUAUUUCAAAAUCCAAUGGUAAAGCCUCAAUUCAAAUUCCGAGGGAGUUGGUGGUUACAUGUGAUAAGGGCAUUGACCUAUACAAGGAUACAUACAAAAAUGCAAAUCACAGCUCUUUGUUGAAGAUCUAUCUUUGCUACUCGAGAACUCAACAGAGCUUUCAUCAACCGUACUUGGAUACACUUCCCUCGCUUCAAGCGAUUGAUUCGCCGUACAUAUGGUCGGCUGAGGACAAGGCAUUACUUAAAGGUACAAACUUGGGAAACUCCUUAAAAGAGAACAUUUCCUCGUUAGUUGAAGAAUGGUGGAAUGCAAUUAAUCUUUUACCCGAGGAUGUGCCAAAACCAGAGCAACAUUUUAUCAACUUGAAAUUUUAUUAUGAAAACAAGUUUUACACCGACGACGAUUAUUAUAGCUACUUUAACGAAGUUGAUACCAGCAACUGGACUAGUUUUCCCAAUUAUCUUUGGGCAUCACUCGUGCUCAAAAGUAGGGCUUUUCCUGCAUACAUUAUAGACCCCAGCUUACCUAAAAACGAACCAAUGUUGUUACCUGUUGUGGAUUUGUUGAAUCAUAAUCCCAAAACGAAAGUUCAGUGGAGUGGUACAGAUGGCGGGUUUCUUUUUCAAUCCGAUGAUGCAUCCUCGGGGGAGGAGCUUUUCAACAACUACGGUCAAAAGGGAAACGAAGAAUUGUUGUUGGCAUAUGGGUUUGCUAUUGAAAAUAACCCUGCAGACUCGGCCGCUUUAAAAAUAAAGAUUCCAGACUCAAAGUUGCAGGUGGUGAAAGAUUUGGGCAUAAAAUUGCCAUCUAUACACGAUUAUACAAAUUCAGUAAUUGACCAAGUCUCUGACACAAAGCAAGAACACAACGAGAGUGUUCUUUUCUAUAUUAACCAGGAACAAAUUCCAAAAAGCUUGAUCGAAUUGUUUCAGGCUUUGGUGCAAAACCAAUGGGAAUCGGGAUUUACUUUGCGUAUGCAACUAGCAGGCUUGAACCAUCUUAGAGCAGCGUUGGAGACAAAAAAGAAAUUGAUAAACUUGAACGUCCCUAGUGAUACGGCAAAACAUCAAUACAUCUGUUGGUAUGUUGAAUCACAAAAUACAAUUUUUGCUUCAGCAAUCAAGAUCAUCAAGAGACAAGAAAAACAGCUUCUUGGUGAAUUCAAAUCCGAUUUGAUUUCUUUAAAAAGUGUUUACAAAAACGAUAUCAAGUUUCAACAAUCGUUACUUUUCUUAGGCUUUAGCUCAUACGAGUCAAUUUUAGAGUCAGAAUUCCAAGAUCAAUGUUGGUUACUAUGGUUGAAUCGGUGCUAUAACAAAAAGCAUUACAAAGAUGAGUGCCUUCCACAAUGGAUUCACGAAUUGUUUGUGCAUCUAAGAAAAGUGACUGAUAUUUCAGCCCAAGAGGUACUAAAUUUUAAACCAAUUCACGAUGCUAUUCUUCCUGACUUGGUUAAAGCCGUUCCAGAAAUUUACGCAGUAGGAGAUUGGUCAGUUGCUGAGCUAAUAGUCGCCGGCAAAUUACUCGACAUGAUAUCUUUCACGCGUGGCAAAGAGCAAGAAUGUAUCAUUGUACAUCAAGACUACGAAACGUAA